GUGUUUCUGAUCAGCAAUACACCUAAUUUCAGCACCACUUCGCUGUCCACUGACAGAAUUAACCAAGGUAAAAAUGUCACAGGUGAAGCAGGUGGGCCUUCUGGCUGCAGGAUGCCAACCUUGGAACAAAGACGUGUGUGCAGCCAGUGGAGAUAGGUUUGCCUAUUGCGCAACACUCGCAAUAUAUGUUUACCAGCUCGAUCACAGGUAUAAUGAGUUCAAGCUUCGAGCAAUUAUGUCUGAACACAAGAAGACCAUCACAGCGAUAUCGUGGUGUCCGCAUAACCCAGAGGUGUUCGCAAGCGCCAGCGCAGACAACCUGUUAAUCAUCUGGAACGUGGCGGAGCAGAAAGCCGUGGCAAGGCUCGAUAACACUAAAGGCAUCCCCGCCUCCCUCAGCUGGUGCUGGAACGCGGGGGACGCAGUGGCGUUUGUCUCCCACCGGGGGCCACUGUACAUCUGGACCGUGUCGGGGCCGGACUCGGGCGUGGCUGUGCACAAAGAAGCCCACAGCUUCCUGUCGGACAUCUGCCUGUUCCGCUGGCACCCGCUGAAGAAAGGGAAGGUUGUCUUCGGCCACACAGAUGGGAGUCUGUCCAUCUUCCAGCCAGGAUCUAAGAAUCAGAAACACGUCCUGAGACCGGAGUCUUUAGAGGGCACGGAUGAAGAGGACCCGGUAACUGCCCUGGAGUGGGACCCUCUGUCCACUGACUACCUCCUCGUGGCUAACCUGCACAACGGCAUUCGGCUGGUGGACUCCGAGUCCCUGUCCUGCAUCACCACCUUCACCUUCCCCAGCGCAGCUGCUUCAGUGCAGUGCUUGGCGUGGGUGCCCAGUGCCCCUGGCAUGUUUAUUACCGGAGAUUCACAGGUCGGUGUGUUACGGGUAUGGAAUGUAUCCAGGACAACACCGCUGGACAAUUUCAAGCUAAAGAAGACUGGCUUCCAUGCAUUACAUGUGCUGAAUUCUCCACCUGCCAAAAAGCCCUUAACGACGAUUUCCCCUACCAAAAAUCACCACACGUCCUCCACCAGUGAAGCCGUCCCCCCGCCCACGCUGUCCCAGAACCGGGCUUUCUCUCUCCCGCCGGGCCACGCCGUGUGCUGCUUCAUGGAUGGGGGCGUGGGUCUCUACGACAUGGGCGCCAAGAAAUGGGACUUCCUCAGAGAUCUGGGACAUGUGGAGACAAUAUUUGACUGCAAAUUCAAACCAGAUGACCCAAAUCUCCUGGCCACCGCGUCGUUUGAUGGGACAAUAAAGGUGUGGGACAUCAACACACUGACAGCAGUAUACACCUCGCCAGGAAAUGAGGGGGUGGUGUAUUCACUGUCCUGGGCUCCAGGAGACUUGAACUGCAUUGCUGGGGCCACCUCUCGAAAUGGUGGUUUCAUAUGGGAUGUGAAAAAAGGCAAAAUGAUCACAAGGUUUAAUGAGCACGGGAAAAAUGGAAUCUUCUGCAUUGCAUGGAGCCACAAGGAUUCCAAGAGAAUAGCCACCUGCAGUGGGGAUGGGUUCUGCAUAAUCCGCACAAUUGAUGGAAAAGUGUUACACAAGUAUAAACAUCCUGCCGCAGUGUUUGGUUGUGACUGGAGCCAAAAUAACAAAGACAUGAUUGCCACCGGCUGUGAGGAUAAGAACGUGCGGGUGUACUACCUGGCCACCAGCUCGGACCAGCCGCUGAAGGUGUUCACCGGGCACACGGCCAAGGUGUUCCACGUCAGGUGGUCCCCGCUGAGGGAGGGUAUCCUCUGCAGUGGCUCCGAUGAUGGGACGGUGCGAAUUUGGGACUACACCCAGGACGCCUGUAUCAACGUGCUGAGUGGGCACACGGCACCUGUCAGGGGUCUGAUGUGGAACACGGAGGUCCCCUACCUGCUGACCUCCGGUAGCUGGGACUACACCAUCCGCGUUUGGGACACCCGAGACGGGACGUGUCUGGACACCGUAUAUGACCACGGGGCAGACGUUUACGGGUUAACUUGUCACCCCAGCCGUCCCUUUACGAUGGCGUCUUGCUCCCGAGACUCUACGGUCAGGCUGUGGUCACUCACCCCACUCGUAGCCCCUCUUCUGGUCAACAUCUUAGCUGACCGCAGCUGGGAUGACAUCAUCGGAAACACAGACCGUGCAAUGGUGCCUGGUGCCCCUCCCCUUCUGUGUGGUAAAGUCUCCAGAGACAUCAAGCAGGAGCUGGAUAAACUGUCGAGCGAUGUCCGCGUGAAGAAGCUGAGGUGGUUCUCCGAAUGCUUCUCUCCACCAGGAGGGAGUAACAACCUUUGGGACCUGGUGGCUGUGAUGACCGGCCAGGACGACAGCCUUCUGCCCCAGAGCUACGGCAAGGGAAUAAUGCACAUGAGACACCUGGUCAGGUUCAAAACCUCAGAGGCCCAGGAACUGACAAUCGUGAAAAUGUCCAAGUUUGGAGGCGGGAUAGGAGCUCCGAGCAAAGAGGAGAGGCUGAAGGAUGCGGCAGAGAUACACCUGAGGCUGGGCCAGAUACAGAGAUACUGUGAGCUCAUGGUGGAGCUGGGGGAGUGGGACAAAGCACUGUCAGUCGCCCCUGGUGUGUCUUUGAAAUACUGGAAAAAACUAAUGCAAAGGAGAGCUGACCAACUCAUGCAGGAGGACAAUGAUGAUGUCAUCCCAUACUGCAUUGCAACAGGUGAUGUGAAGAAACUUGUCAAUUUCUUCACCUCCAGAGGACAGCUCAAAGAGGCCUUGCUUGUCGCUCAGGGUGCGUGUGAGGGUAACAUUCAUGUUCCGCAGACCUCUUCAAUAAAUCACUCUGUGAACACAGACACUGACAACAUCGAAAUGUACAACGGGCUGUUGCACCGUGUCUGUAAGGAGCUGGCAGAGUGGUACUUCCAGGAUGGCCGUGCCAUACUGGCAGCCUGUUGCCACCUGGCAGUGGACAACGUCGAGCUGGCAAUGGCAAGUCUGAUCAGGGGCAAUGAGCUGGAGCUGGCUGUGUGUGUUGGGGCGGUGCUGGGAGAACCAGCCAAUCAGGCGACGCAUUACGUCCUGGAGCUGCUGGCCAGGAAGUACAUGACUGCUACCACCUGCUUUCCAUGCGUUGGAAACAGGGACCUGGCUGCCAGUCUGUUACAAAUGAUUCCAGACAACGAAAUCCUGCUAGCCAAGCUGUGUGCUUUCUACCCAGGGAGCGCUGCGGAAAUCAAUGACCUUCAUGAAAAAUGUAAUUUGCCAAGUUUAGAAGAAUGUAAAGAAUUAGCUGAAGCUGCACACAAUGAUGAGGACAUCUUCCAAGCUGCUAAAUACUACCUUCUGAGUCCAGAGCCAGAGAAGGCCCUGCCUAUAGGCAUCACCUUUGUUAAAGAACAACUUAGCAGCUCAGACUGGACUCUGGACUCAGUUCAUCCCAUCCUGGACCUGCUUAGUUAUAUCCGAACCGACAGACUCCUUCUUCCCAAAGUUAAUGAAGAUCACAAUGAGCUGCUCAUUCUCUGUGGUUACAUCGGUGCUUUGUUGGCAAUCCGAAGACAGUACUCCAGUAUUGUUCCUGCACUUUAUGAAUACACCAGCCAGCUGCUGAAGAGGCGAGAGGUGUUGGUCCCCCUGCGGAUCGAGCAGCUCUCCGUGGAGCUGGAGGCGUGGCGGGCGUGCACACAGUCGCACAACAAGUCCCCUGAGGGGGUGACGUACACGCCCCCAUCCGAGGCCCAGAAAUCCGAGUACGCCCACCUGCUGAGCAGAAUUAAGGAGGAGCCUCUGAGAGGCAUGGAGGGGCCCGACUACGUCACCGGCUCCAACCUCCCCAGCCACUCCGACGUCCAAAUCUCCUGCUUCACGGGGCUGCGGAUACAGGGCCCCGUAUUUUUCCUCGAGGACGGCAAGUCGGCGAUUUCGCUGAACGACGCCCUGAUGUGGGCGAAGGUGAACCCGUUCUCCCCGCUGGGCACAGGGAUGCGCAUCAACCCGUUCUGAGCACAGCGUCACGGAGACGCGGGCUAGCAGUGUUUGGUCAUGUGACUCGGGGGGAGGGGGGGGGGGGGCGCGGGCGCGUACAUCAACUUCUGGAAUCUUGGGGGGAUUCUUUGUGGAAAGGACAGGGGUGCGAGUCCUCUGCACAGAUGGAUUACAGACAAUGUACAGUAAGUACUUAAAGAGCAGUGAUAGAGGCUAAAAAAACUUGCCAUCCCACAAUAUGUGGCUUAGAGGUAUUCACAAAGCAUAUACACAUCAGCUUGCUGGCGGUGCAGCACAUAUCAUUGAAAUAAUUGUUUAACAUUUAUGUACAGUAA